AUGGCACGAAAGCUCGUGUGCCCUCUGAGCCUCACACUGCUCGCACUCGUCGUGGCCGCGGCAUGGAUGUGCGCGCUGCCGCCAAGCUCGGCUGCCCCCGACACGACGUCACCGCCGCCGACGACCAUGGCUGCCGCGGCCGGAGACAGCCUGCCCGUGCCAGCUGCGGCAGGUGUGGUGCCGGCGGGUUCAACAACGACCAUACCCACACCUGCUGAGGCGACAACGCCGGCCACAGCGACGGCGUCCAAGAAGUUCCCGUUGGCUCCGCCGGACGUCGUAGAGCCGGCGGCCGGGGUGAUCACGGCGCUGCCUGUGCCGGUGCCGGAGACGCUUCCCAGCGCAGAAGGUCUCGGGUUCGGCCCGAACGGGUUCGGCACCAACGGAGGCUUCGGCGGCGGCGGAUGCUGCGGCGGGUACGGGUACAAUGGGGGGCUUGGCUACGGUAACGGCUUCUUCAACUCGGCGCCCGCGAGAAGAUUGAGGCUAAGAGAUGGCUUGGCGCCUCUGCUCGUUGCUGGCGUAGCAGCCAUGUUUUACGUGUGA